AUGUCAUUUAACUUUUUAACACCUUUCGGUGUACCACUCGAGGAUCAUACAGAGAUAACAGAAGCCGGAUUUACUCUUUCUUUAAACAGUACCGUUGUUGACAUUCAGUCUCCAGCAAAGUCAACAAAUAUUAGCCCCUCAACAGUUUCUCGUAUUAAUAAAAGAUGGCGUGAACAACACUCCCUCAAAGAUGCACCAAAAUCAGGUCGACCAUCUACUAUAAAUGAACUAAUAAAAAUAAAAUUGUUAAUCUCAUCACUUCGCGAAGACUGGUCAAAGAUUAUAUGGUCCGAUGAGUCUAAGUUUAAGAUCUUUGGAUCAGAUGGGAAGCAAUAUUAUUUGAACCGUCCAGAGGAACCAUUAAGCCUACAGAUUGAUGGCAUGAUGGAUGCCAAAUUGCAUCAACAGAUACUUCAUGGAGAUCUUAUGAAUACUAUCAAAGAUCAUGGAUUUAAUGUCAAAGAGGUCAUAUUCCAACAGGAUGGAGACCAUAAGCAUGCGGCACGAGGUGGUUAUAAAAGGUGGUAG